CGAGGAGAGUAAAGCCGAGUAAAGAAAAGGAGUGGCAAGAUAACCUUUGAGGGGGAUAUGGCGACCACACCCAUAAGGGUGGCAGCCACCAAGUCGGCGAGAGGGUCUACAUCGAAGAAGACUGACACGGAUUACGGGAUGACGGAGAAGGACGGGCAGCGGGUCGAUGAAGAGGAGGUUAUCCUUUCACCGCGAAAGAGGGGAGUGAAGAAGUUCUUAAUGAAGAGUUCGCURGACGAGAUUGACACGGUCGAGCCACUGAGGCGGGCCCUUCGACAACCCAUGCAGUGCUCUAUUCUGGAGUACCUGGCGGCAUCGAAGUCGGCUCGUGAUGAGUUACAGAUGAUUACGCGGAAGACUCGCAUACCUCUAUCGGAGGAGGGUCAGGGGGCCCUUAAGGCGGAAGCUCCUACAGUAGCAGUAACGGGGACGGGGGUGACUGCCAGAGCGGAUCGCAUGGCGACAGUCCUUCUCGAUGGAAUGGAAGGUGUGCCUCAAGACAAGUUUUAUAUACUUGGUAGCGGGGCCGUGGAGACGAUUAUAAACGAUGGAGCGAUACUCGAUGCUGUGAUCGAUAACGGCAGUGAGGCUGUCAUCAUAGACGAGGACCUGGCAGUACAGGUUGGACUAGGCCUCGAUAGGUCAUACCUAUUCGAGAUAGAGACGGCUGAUGGGAGAAAGCAACAGAUCAAUGAGGUUUGUCACAAGGCAGCCAUAGAGGUCCAAGGAGUACGAGUGACCCUGCCUGUCUUUGCAGUCAAGAACUGCAGCUCCGACCUGCUCUUGGGUCGAACGUGGUUGAGCCACGUGCAUGCGGUGACAAUAGAGAGACCUGAUGGGAGCCAAACAUUGUCCAUUAGGAAGCCAGACGGGACGCGGGUAAUGAUUAAGACAGUGGAGCCUCGGGACCCGAGGAACAGAGCAGCUCUCGCUGUGGGUGCGGGACCCAGUGAACAUAUUAAGUCGUUACCUAUCUCCGGCCGCGCGGUGCGAUUUCGCGAGAAGAAAUAUGGACCACUGCUCACAGAGGAAGAAGGUCGGAUCGUGGAGGUGGAAGAUUUAAGGAGUCGGCUAAUAGUGGACGGCAACUCGUACCCAAAGGAAAAAAAUGAGGAAUUUGGUGGUGUGGUAUCCGUGUCUUUUUUAAGGGCACGGCCCCCUAUGGGGGGCUACCCAAGCGACACAUGCGAGUAGCUCAAAAAGUUAAGCCAGCGGCGGUGGGCUGCGAACGAUCUGCACUGGAAG